AGCACAGUAUGUGCUAGUGCUCGAGUACUGUACGAGUACUGUACACUCUGGGGAAGCCGAGAGCUGUGCGGAGAUCCCACAACUCAGCCCCUACCAUGCUCAGAUCGGACUAUGCUCCUGAAACCGUUCCAGAAGCUGCGUCCAUCGGCCUUUUUCUCGAGUUGCCGGCAGGGAGAUGAUAUGAGGAAAGGGAAACCCAGUAGAAGGGGUGCGGGUAUGGAAGGGUGAGGGAAUAAGCGGAGGAAUCUCGUUGAUUAUUGCGUCACAGGGUUAAAAGUCACAAACAGAGUUGAUUACGAGACUAGUCUACGGGACUGUACGGUAGCUGAGCUGAGGAAAGGAUUGGAGAAACCGUGCCCUUUUACCUCCUCCUCCUCCCCCCCCCUCAACCUCCUCCAUCUCGUUUAUGUAUGAUACCAUUGCUGUGCUCUCCACACGCUCCAUUAUCCCCUCCACCCAUAUCUACCCUACCUCCCCUUUGCUACCUUGUGCUUGUCUAUUCGCCGGUAGCUUUUCAUCUGGCGACCCUCUUCUCUAAACCAGCCAGCUACCCCCCCCCAAUCACCAGCUCCGGCAAUCGCGCAACCAUGCUCCGGCAGCGGGCCCUCUUAGGCGUUCGCACGAACCUACUAACCCGCCAAAUCUCCAAGCCACCGUCACCCCACGCCUCUCGAGCGCUCAGCACCCGGCGGGCAUCACCACCCCCGCUAUUCAAUGCCUCAUUGAAAACCAUCCCUGCACGGAACAGCCCGCUGCUCAAAACGCAUUCCCGGGCAUCGGCAACGACAGCCACACCCAACAGCGCAAAAACGCCCAAGCGCAGUGGGAUAGUAAGGUUCAUCUACAAGACUUCGGCGUUCUGUGGAUUUGCCGGGUUGACGGUGACGGGGCUGGUUGUUGCAUUCUUCAUUUACGAUGCCAGCACCUAUAAAGAGGAGGCGGAGAAGUACGACAUUGGAGUGCCGGAAUUAGCGUUGAAUCCCAGGAGGGGCGGUCCCAAGAAUUUGCCAAUUGCGGAGGUGUUGGUAUUAUCCCGUUCCAUCCACCCAUCCUUCAUGGGUGAGCAGGUAUGGUGGAAUGAUGGAAAAGCUGACUUCGGGGAACUGGCUUAGGUGGACGACGAAGACGGUGACGAAAUGCUCAGCCAGAGGGGUAAGCCUAGGUUGGUUGUUCUGGGAUGUGGCUGGGGGUCUGUUGCUCUGUUGAAGAAUAUAAACCCGGAUAACUACCAUAUCACUGUCGUCUCGCCGAGCAAUUAUUUCCUCUACACGCCCUUGUUGCCAAGCGCUACUGUUGGAACGUUGGAACUUAGGUCCUUGGUUGAACCGAUUCGGAGAAUCACGAGUAAGGUGAAGGGUCACUUCCUUAAAGCUAAUGCGGAGAAGGUGGACUUCUCGGCAAAAUUGGUGGAGGUUUCCCAGACGCUACCCGAUGGAGAAGAGAGGAGAUUCUAUCUGCCUUACGAUAAGUUGGUCAUUGGCGUCGGUGAGUAGCGUGAGGAAUUUCUAGGAAUUGUGACCUCCGUACUGAUGGAGACAGGAUCCAAAACUCGAACACAUGGAGUCGAGGGGUUGGAGAAUGUGGAGUUUUUGAAGAAUGUCACGGACGCCAGGAGGAUCAGGUCAAAGGUUAUUGAGUGCUUCGAGAGAGCCUGCUUGCCAUCUACUACCGAUGAGGAGCGGAGGAAAUUGCUGUCGUUCGUGAUUUGCGGGGGUGGACCGACAGGAGUGGAGUUUGCGGCAGAGCUUUUCGAUAUGCUGAAUGAAGACCUCACUCACGUGGUAUGUGGCUCCCGGAUACGCAGCUCCCUAACAGGAUUAACCUGGCCGCUGUCUAGUAUCCAAAAAUUCUCCGGAACGAGGUGUCUGUUCAUGUCGUGCAAUCCCGAAGCCACAUCUUGAAUACCUAUGACGAGGCACUGUCGAGAUAUGCAGAGGUGUGCUAUCCAAAAGUAUCUCGCAAUAUGAUCGCUAAUAGCUUGGUGCAGGAACGAUUUGCUCGUGAUCAAGUGGAUGUUUUGACCAAUUCCCGAGUCUCGAGAAUCGAAAAAGACAAAGUCAUAUUCACUCAGAAAGAUGAGGAGCGUGGAGGGAUUAUCACCAAGGAACUUCCGUUCGGCAUGUGCCUGUGGUCAACCGGUGUUGCCCAGACAGACUUUGCUGAGCGCGUUGCCGGUCAACUCGAAUUACAACGUAACAAGCACGCACUGGAGACCGAUUCACAUCUUAGAUUACUCGGAACACCCUUAGGAGACGUCUAUGCUAUCGGAGAUUGCUCCACUGUCCAAAACAAUAUUGCUAGUCACAUCACCGACUUUUUGAGGCAAAUUGCCUGGGAGAAGGGGGCAGACCCGGAGAAGCUAGCCUUAGACUUUGGAAUGUGGAGGAAUGUGGCCGCAAGAGUCAGGAAGAAGUUUCCCCAGGCUACCGAUCACCUCAGGCGGCUAGACCGCUUGUUUGAGCAAUACGAUGUGGAUAAAUCUGGAACUCUGGACUUUCACGAGCUCAAAGAGUUACUAGGCCAGAUUGACAGCAAGCUAACGAGUUUGCCGGCUACGGCUCAGCGGGCACACCAGCAAGGGCAAUAUCUGGCGCGCAAGUUCAAUAAGCUGGCACAGGCUGCUCCUGGAUUGGCCGUGAACAAUGUUACAGAUGGAGAUUUGGAUGAGGCGGUUUACAAGGGAUUCGAGUAUAAGCAUUUCGGAAGUCUGGCGUAUAUUGGAAACGCUGCCGUAUUCGACCUCAACGGUUUGUCUGUUGGCGGAGGACUUAUUUACGUGUAUCUCUGGAGGUAAGUCCCCAGGACAUGCCAACCUUCGGAUAUCCGGUGACUAACUGGGAUGUCCAGAUCUGUCUAUUUUGCUCAGAGCGUCAGUCUCCGAACGAGAAUGCUGCUCGCUAUGGACUGGGGGAAGAGGGCUCUAUUCGGCAGAGGUGAGCCAAAACUCUCUUUCCUGGGCGCUUGGUGA